UCUACGGUGGGUCAUCUCAGUAAUAGGUCCACAUUUAUGCAUGGAGGGUCUCCGCAAAGUUCCGCGUCGUUUUCCAACAAAAAUGCUACUGAAGCAUCGCCGAGUGUUAGUAGUGAUUGGGCUGAUGGUGGUCUUGUUUGCCGUUCAACCUGUCAACUUCGUAGGUCGCAUUUACGGCGUUGCAAGAGACGUCCGACACACGUAUACGUACCUACAAGCUAUAAAACCAGUUGCUAUUCACAACAACACGGGCCAAAACAACACGGAGAUUGCUUGCGUCAUCGAGACAUCCCUCCUGAGCUGUGACGGAAUCGGGUUUGCCGCCAUGGUUUUGCAGACGAUAGACGAAAUGACAACAUGCUUGGCGCGGGGGUUCGUCCCAACAGUAAUUUGGACGGACUGUGACUAUUGUGGGACGCCUGGACCUGGCGUCAACUAUUGGACAUGGUAUUUUAAAGCGAUAAAUGAAGGCAUAGAGGAAAGAGCAAAGACCCGAGUUUGCGUGGGACCUUCCACGCCUAUCGAUGUGUUCCUCAGUGGUUCGCUUUAUCUGACUCGACCGGGAGCUGUAGGUGAAUUAGUCGACUUCCGGUUUGCUGACAUGGAACACAAAGUGACGAGGUGUGCAUUUAAGAUUUCACAGUGGCCAUGUUGGUGAGAUGAGCUACAAUCAGCAGAAAAUGCCCGAACUACAGGACUUUGUUCAAACCGUA